AUGGGAGCAGGGAAGCCAGGGAAUUUUGCAAGUGGUGCAGUCCUGCGGGACCGCCACCCUCAUACACAACCAGUCGUCAUCAGGUCUCGCUUCUCCUGGCCCGCUUCGCGCCUGCUCCUUCUCGGAGCUAGCAGCAUUCUGCAGGCCCCCAGCGAUGCACAUGCCACAGGCAUCAAACGUGCAUACAACCGGGCAGUCAGACGAGCACAAGCAAGCCCCUUGCAGGGCACCUUCUAUCGUGGCCGAUGGUGCUCCUUCCGAGCACCUGUCAUCUCGCCACAGCCUCGGACGGAUCGUCGUCCCCAGCUGCAUGCUGCCGCCCCUGCCUCUGCUGCCAGGCUUCUGCAUGUCUCUUACAAUGCGGGUGGGCUGACGGGUGAAUCCUACCAGGAGUUGAUGCAGUGGCUAGCCCAGCUGCCUCCAGAGCAGUGCCCAAUGAUAGUGCACAUCCAGGAAACGCAUUGGUCGCACGAUCAGGAAUACAGCACACCGGGCUGGCACAUUAUAUCAUCGGCCUGCCCCUCCCCUAAGGCAGGGGGUCUUCUCACCCUAGUUAGCGCCCAGCUCUGUUCGGCAAAUCAGAUCUCAUCCUCCUCUCGCGUCGCAGGCAGGCUGCUCCACGUCCGCAUCGAUCUGGGAGACCGCACGGUGGAUGCAAUUAACACCUACCAGAAGGUUUAUCAUUCUGGCAGCACGAGAAUCGAGAAAGGUCAGACUCAAAUCGCGGCCGAUCAGCGACGGGACGUCUGGACAUCUCUUCGUGGCCUCCUCAAAGAGAUUCCGAUCCGUCACCAUUUAAUUUUGUCUGGUGACUUCAACUCGCCUGCCCCGCUCAUCCCCGAACUGGUGGGACGCAAGGCCAGGGCAUUUCGCACACCGAUGGUCCCAGACCUGGCUGCCUUGGAGGCCCUGCUCGUAGACUUUCAGCUGCUUCAUCUUAACAGUUGGACUCGCAGAGCUGGCCCGACCUUUAUUUCCCCGCAGGGCGCAUCUCAAAUCGAUCAUGUCUUUGUGCGCAAGGCCACCGCCGAUAUGCCUGCCCGCGGCGGCAGCCCCUGCAACUGGCCUCUGGCGGCCUGGCGACAAGGGGGACGCCAUCGCCCGGUGCAGGUCUCACUUCCCAUUCGACCCUACCGCGCCCUGGGCAAGUCUCAACCCAAGCGUGCUCUCCUUGAUCUCCAAGGCCUACGCAACGCCUGUCGCGACCCGAGUCAUCCAGGAAUUCGGCAACUACGUGCCUCCGUCGAGGCCCUGCUCUCGGACUCCCCCGAGGCCACUGUCGAAGAGGUCAACUCCCACGUCCUGCAACAAGCGACGGCGGUGUUCCCAGCUGUCCGUAACCAGGGACGCGUUGUCCCCUGGCAAUCCCCCACUGUUGAACUCAGCGUUAAAGGUAUGUGGCAAGCCUAUCACUGCUGGCGGCAUGGACCGACGACAGGACGUCGAAACGUCUUUGCUCUCUGGCGUGCUUACUCCGCCUUUCGCCGAGCACAUAAGCAGUUCCGCCAGAGGACCCGCGAAGCUAAACAGGCCUGGUUUCAUGAUCAAAUUCUUGGUAUGGAGCGUGCAUCUGCUGCCGGGGACGUUAGAGCGCUCUUUCGUCUGGCUGGCGCCCUCCUGCCCAAGCAACCACGUCGCAAACUCCAGCUCCGAGGUCCCAACGGUGAGCUUUGGUCCUCCACGCAACAGGUGGACUGCCUCAAAACCUUCUUUCAGGAUCUGUAUGCGCCUGAGGACGAACCGGCACUGCCACCUCUACCGCCACUUCAAGCCCCCACCAUUUCCUCCUCUGAGGCCCACCAUCGACUCGCAAGGCUCCCGGUACACAAAGCCACCCCAGCGCAUCAGGCACCCACGGCGGCAGUUGUUGCCUGUGCUGAUCUUCUUGCGCCCUGGCUCAGUGACAAGGUCGGGUCUCUAUCCUCAUUCCCGGCUGUGUGGUCAGACUGCUGGCUGGCCUUAAUGCCCAAGGUCAGUCAUCCAGUACUCCCACGACAACUACGCCCUAUCGGGCUCACAGAAAGCACGAGCCGUGUUCUGGCCGGACACUUACAAGAUGCUCUCAAGCCCUACCUUCAAGCCUUCGUUGGCCCAUGGCCCCAGCUUGCCUACAUGGCAGGACGCAGCACAGGAGAGGCGCUGCAUCGUGUGUUCAGCCAUUGUCACGAAGUGUCCGCGGCCAAUCUUAAACCUGCCUACAAUAUCCACCGUGCCAGAGAUAAGCUGGCCCAGGCUGGCAAACCCUCAUCCCCAUCCUCUGCCUCCAAGCGGAAACGGAUUGGAGGGGUCCAGGCAUCACUGGACCUUUCUCAAGCGUUUGACCGGCUCAGCUGGAGUCUUAUACACGAAGCCUUGCUUGAGGCCCAAGUUCCUAUUGAGCUGAGGGUACAACUACUUGAGUUCUACAGAGGUCUGGGCUAUCACCUGACCUUCGGCUCUGAGCAAGCCACCGUCCACGCCUUGCGGGGAGUCAAACAGGGCUGUAAAGUGGCUCCACUAUUGUGGAGUCUGGCUACAGGUCUGCUCAUGCGCCGAUUGGCCCGCGCGACUUCCUCUGAGUGGGUCCGUCGCGCCCUCACGGCCUUUGCCGAUGACUUUCACAUUGGACAGGUUGUACACUCCACCCGAGAUUUGCUUCUGUCCAUCGACAGGCUCGGCCACGUCUUACAACUGCUCAUUGAUGCACGUAUGAAAGUCAACAUUGACAAAUCCGUGAUUCUCCUCUCUGUCAAUCAUUCCUAUGCCAGCCGCUGGCGACGUAGAGAAAUUCUCUCUGGCAAGGAUGGCCCGCGCCUGCGCAUAUCAACUCCCACGGCAGGCACCUUCAAGAUGCCAAUCGUGACUACUCACAAGUAUCUGGGAGCCAUUAUCUCCUACCAGGACGACUGUACGCAGCUUACGGCACAUCUGACUGGUGAAUCCACAAUUGCUUUACAUCAUCGUCUCCGGGUUCCCCUGGUGUUAGAUGCGUUGCGACAGGCCUCUCACCGCCGAGCAGCCCGGUGGGCCGCCAUCCCCCCUGAGGAAGCCCACCUUCUCAACCGCAUGUGGCAAACACGCAUAGAUGACGCCCUUCAGAAACUCGACUCUCCCCUUCAGCCACUGUUGGAAGCCCCCACGGCCCCCUCGACAAGCUCUGCCCUGCAGGACAAUCCAUCAACCACGGGCGCUCUGGAAUCGGGAAUGCACGAAGAAGGAUGGUCAUGUCUGGAGCCACCCCUUUCGGCAGAGUGCCCUGCUGCGCACCCUUGCCCGAACCCGGCUUCCUCUUCUUCACCUCCGGGGGAGCCUACAGCUGCCGCCACCACGGCGGAUGCCGAGGAUACGCUGUCCAUUCGCCAUCUGCCUGUCUCGCAGUCGCUAGCUUAUACCCCGGCCUUUCAAACACAGCUGCGAAGUCUUGGAUGGCAGGCGCUCCUCUCGAGGCCAGAUCUCAGGAGCUCACUGAAGCACCACUGCCCGCUGUGCUCUCAGUGGACUGCUUCCCCUUCGGGGCUCAAGGUGCAUUUGCAGCAGUCACACCCGGAAUGGAAAGCUCUCCGCCCGGAAUCUCGCAUUGAUCUUCAACAUCACUGGAAGCAGUGUUACAUGAUCACCUUACUCAGCUUCCUAGAGUGCUGGCUGAACAACACCUUCCCUGCUAUAGCCUCCACUGCCCUGGACCAACCGGAUCAACGCGAGUUGGGCCUCUUCCAGAACUUCAUGACACCGCCGGCGGGCAUGGACGCAGCUCAACUCAAGCACCGCCUCAGCGUCGACCAUGACGUUCGCCAGCACGGUUCCGAGGGCAAAGGGAAGGGCAAGCAGCCCAAGGGCAAAGGACGGGGCAAAGGGGGCAAAUCACGCCCAGCUGCCCAACAGUCGUGGAACGACCAAUGGAGCUCGGAUCAGUCUUGGUCCAGCGGCCACUCCUGGACUUCCUCCGGCGACCUGACCGGUCAAAUGGCCCGCCUCCUUCUCCGCCACGAGCAGCAGCUGCAGAGCAUCCAACAGGACUGCAAGCUGCAUCUCUAUCUCCGCAGUGGGAAGGAAUCCUUUCUUCCCAAUCUAUGCGAGAUUGCAAAGGAAUGGAGCCGCCUUCGUCGCGACGAACCGGGGAAGAUCAACAGUCCGCUGCGCACUCUCCUCCUCAAAGCCACCUUGCAGGAGAUGGAGACCCGGAUCAAGCUCACCAUCAGCAAGGAGAAGCAGGCGGCCAUCGACAUGCAGUGGUACAAGGAGGAGGAGGGCUGGACUUACAUGCAGUGGAAUGCACAAAAAGGACAGCUCGAACUUCAAGCUGCUCCGAGUCCACUUGCCACCGAGACCCUCCUCGAACUCCUCCGAGAGCUUCGCACCCUUGUGAAUCCGGACUCUGUGAAGAAAUUCGCGUCACUCCGCGGACUUCCACAGGAACCUCAGUCCGAAUGGAUCCACUUUCAGCUGGAGCUCGGGUUUCGACCACAGGGGGAUCGCAUGUGGGAAAUCUUUCAAAUGCUGCUCAACCAGAGUUGCCUCCAUCCUCUCGGAGCGCGGUCGGAGGCUGGUGAAAUCAACCACUCCAUUGGCCUCGACCUCAGCCUCUUCCGGCAUACGUCGGACCUUCGACUGAUGCGCAACAUGUGCUGGACUAUGUUGCUGGGGGACUGGGCCUUCAGCGGUUUGUGGCAAACUCGCAGACUGGAGGACACGGGCACUGUGAUCUGUGCAUCUUCCAAUGCACUGCUCCCGGUCACAAUUGACCUGCCCCUGGAGGCACGGGGGCUUCAGCAUUGCGUGCAGGAGUGGUCUGCUCAGCAUUAUCAUACCGCUUUCGAUGGCAACCUGCCUCAUCUCAUUUGCCUCCACUUGUCGCGCUAUAGGCGUGAUGAUGAACGGGGCAUUUUCAGCAAGGAUGAUCAGGCUCUCCCGGACUGGUCUGAAGUGAUACGCAUUCCACAAUUUGCGACGUCACAUGACAUUCAGAAGCACUGGAGACCCUAUCAGGUGUGUGCCAUGGCUCUCCACUACGGGCCUGCCUUGCACCAGGGGCAUUACCGCUGUUUGACGCGAUGGGGUCAAAAUCCAGUGCGAGUCUGGCUGCAUGACGACAAUCAUGCAGCUGAGCCUCUCUCCUUGCCAGACUUUGUUGAGCUCAGUCGCAAAGCCUACUUGCUAUGGGCAAUGCGAAUGGACUGA